CGGGCGUUCUCUAUGGCGCGGCGCGGCCAUGUUGCCCGCGAGGGGAAGCGGAGGCCCCGCUAAGAUGGUGGAGGGGAGCCCGAGGGGGGUGUAGGGGUCCCCCCCACCCCCCGACCCGCGCUGCGGGGCGGCCUGAGGCUCAUGGAGCAGCUGUAGGGUUUGUGCUAGAAACAGCUAAUCACUGCCACAAUGACAUCUUCAAGCUCUGCCCGGCAUCCAGCAGCUGAGAACACCCACAGUAUCACACUCGGACAAGUUAACCAGGUGCGACCCAAGCUGCCGCUUCUGAAGAUUCUGCAGGCUGCAGGUGCCCAAGGUGAAAUCUUCACGCUGAAGGAGGUGAUGCACUACUUAGGACAGUAUAUCAUGGCAAGGCAGCUGUAUGACAAAAGACAGCAGCACAUGGUCUAUUGUGGAGGAGAUCAGCUAGGAGAACUGCUGGGGCUGGAGAGCUUCUCUGUGAAAGAUCCAAGUCCUGUCUAUGACAUGUUGAAACGGAACCUGACCUCUGCUGCCAUGGCAGAUGCUGCACAGAGUCUCGCAAAGGAACAGAGCGUCGAUAAGCCAAGCCAAGACCAGCUGAAGUUUAGCCGUCAAGAAGGUUCUGAUACUGGCACCAUGGAGGGCGAAAACAAUGCUUCUGCUUUGUCUACCUCAGAGCAAAAAUGUGAGACUCACGAAGACAAAGACUUAAUAGAAAACCUCUCUAAAAGCAAGAAGCCUAAACUGGACCUAGUGUUUGAGGAAUGGGAUGUAGCUGGUCUUCCAUGGUGGUUUUUAGGCAACCUCAGAAGCAAUUACAAGUCCAGAAGUAAUGGAUCAACAGAUAUUCAGACUAACCAGGACAUAGACACUGCUGUUGUUUCGGAUACCACUGAUGACUUGUGGUUCCUCAAUGAAUGCCCAUUGGAUCAGAGUAGUGCUGCAGUCAAGGUGGAAACAGUUGACUGCGAGGAAGUGAAAGAAGGUGACGAAAAGGUGACCAAGGAUGAAUGUUUGCAUGAUUUUGAGGAUUCUCAAUGCUUAAGUGAUGACACAGAUACAGAAGCUGCUUCUGAGGACUGCUGGCAAUGCACCAAAUGCAAGAAGUUUAACUCUCCAGGCAAACGGUACUGUUACCGCUGCUGGGCCUUACGGAAAGACUGGUACUCAGAUUGUCCUAAACUGGCUCAUUCUCUUUCUCUGUCCGACAUUGAUGCUAUGCAAAAGAAAAAUGAUGAUGAAGGGAUAGAUGUCCCAGACUGCCGAAGGACUAUUUCUGCUCCAGUUGGCCAACCCAAAGACCUGUAUGUGGUAGAAAACAAAUCACACGUAGAUCCCCGCAGCUCUGUUGAGUCUUUGGAUUUGGCACGAGAAUGUGAAAGCAAGGGAUCUCCGUUGCAUUUCAGUGAGCAUAAAAAGGAGGAAGAGAUGCAGUCUAUAGAGAGUAUUAAAAAAUUACUGAGCCCUUGCUUCUUAUGCCAUCACAGACCACGGGAUGGGAAUAUUGUCCAUGGAAGGACUGCUCACCUUGUGGCCUGUUUCAAGUGUGCAAAGAUGCUGAAGAAAAAGAGAUCACCUUGCCCAGUGUGUAGGAAGGACAUUGAGAUGGUGAUCAGGAUCUUCAUGGGGUAGCUGUGCCAGUCCAGGGCUUCUCCAUUAAAAGGUUUUCUUGCACUUACAUGAACCCUAACUUCAGAGCUCAGCUGGUGAAUACCAAAGAGAAUUCAAGAUUCAAAUCUAACAACACUGAAGAAUCCUCUGCAUCAAAUGAAGCCGCAUCCACUUAAUGAUAUCCAUUAGAAUUAAAGUUGGUAGGGAGCAGGGAGUGGCCAUUGCACUG